UUACCACUGAGAGUGUGAGAAGAGAAAUAUACAGGCAGGUAAAUGAGGAAGCAAUGAAGGUGGUGGCAAGAGCCGAUGCACAAGCUUAGGAGGAAGUGGAUGACAAUGCAGCAGAUCUCAUUGGCCAUCCUGCUUUGUGUUUCCCUGGGCUGCUGUGUGGGUUCAUGGGGAUGGAGGUCGGCCACCGUUCUGACUUCCCCUUCUGCUCUGGGCUUGACUAGUUAUCUACAUGUAACUAUUGUUGUUUUGUGUUCCCUUGGUUCACCAUGUGUAUUUCACUUCCUUGUUUGUUAAGUUCCUCUUGUUUUAGUGUUUAAACCUUUUGUGUGUCUGUUUAUUGACCCCACCUGCUCCUCUAUGCCCCCUAGUUGGUAAUCAACCACUUAUUAGCCUUGUUGUCAGUGUAUUUAACUGUCUGUCUUUGGUCUGUUCCUCAGCUGCAUACAGUGGCUCAGUUGGUUUAGUUCCUGCGUCAUUCAGUGUCAUACUGCUUCCUUGAUCCGUACAUUUAUGGGCUGUAAUUCUGUAAUGUUUCUGAUUAGUUUAGUUAGUUCUUGGAUUACCUGGUUUUUAUUGGCUGUCAUGGUGCCUUUAUUUUCUGGUUCUCCGUCUGUGAUCUGUUUCCUUAAUAAACCUCUUUUGUUGAGAGUUGCUACAUGGAUCGUUCCUCCUUCGUGGUGGCCCAUCGUAACAGAUAAAGCAGGUGAAAGAUGAGCGAGGCGUCGUCUUCUGUGAGCAUAAUAGCAUCAAGGGUAGAUGGAAAUGGUACUGAAAAGCUGCCGAAUGAAGAAAACCCAAGGAAGUCUUUAGGAAUGGCGUCCAAAUGGAGGGUUAGUACCAGGAGUAAGGAGGGAGGAAGCAAAACAGGCCCUAGAAAGAAUGAAGAGUCUCAUCAGGACGCGAUGAAAUACCAGUGGAAGUCAGGGGAAGAUUUUAGGGGAAGAUGAGUAGUUGUGUUGUAGGAUCUGAUGCAGUAGAUCUAUGAGCAGGAAAAAAUAUCAAAGGAGAGGAAGUGUGAUUAUACUCCUUUAUAAGGCGAAGGGAGACAUUCAGAACUGUGCAAUUUAUAGAGGGAUAAAGCUGAUGUCACACAGGACGAAGAUCUGGGAAAAGGUUAUAUAGAGAAGGCUAAGGGUAGAGACCACAAUAGGGACGGAGCAGUUGGGUCGAUGCCAGGCAAAGGAACAGCUUCGUGUAAUUUUUGCAGUAUGACAACUCAUGCAGAAGCAUCUGGAAAAACAGAGAAGCCUGUGCAUGGUGUUUAUUUGGGGAAGGCUUAUGAUUGGCUGCUGUGUCAAGAGGUCUGGAGGUAUAUGAGGGAGAAAGGAAACGCAUGUGAGUAUUGUCUUGGAGAUGUAGGAGGGAGUGUCGGAGUAACAAACAAGUUUCCAGUUAGAGCUGGGCUCCACCAGGAAGCCUCUUUAAACUCUUUCUUCUUUAAUCUGGACAUACAUGUCUUGACUUUUGGGAUGAAUGACCGUUCUCCCUUUUGCAUUCGUUUUGCUUAUGACAUUGAGUUGUGUAGCAAAAGUCAGAAUACUUGAGGUUUAUUUGUAAUCAGGAUUCAGAGGUUAUUCUACAUUACCUGUAGAAAAGAGUUGGUAAGUUUAAAUACGGUCAGUGGUAGCCUAAGGUGAAUGUUGCAUGCAGAGAUAAACUGUUGGGUGCAGUGAUGCUGGAACAAUUGGAAGAAGGUAUCAGGGGAAUUAUAGGAUCGUGGAAUCAAUCUGAAGCUAAAAGGCAAGGUUUCUAUAAUAGGGGUGAGACAGCAAUGAUGUACAGAGCAGAGACAUGGAUGGUGGAGGGUUCGCAGGAAAAGAAGCUGCAUGUGGAAGAAAUGAGAAUCGUUAACGUGGAUGCGUGCAGUUAUUAAAUGGCUCCAUGGCCAAAUCUAAUCAUCGAUAAACCUUCUUGGGAAGCCCUGGAGUGCAUGUGUAUCUACUAUAAAAACCUGAAGGGUUUCCUUUGUGAAGACCGGUCCAAUAGCCCACCACACACAGCUGAGGACUUCUAUUCAGCACUCCUAGAAGACCUGAAACUGUUGUGAAGGCAAAGAGUGGCUCUAUUCCUUAUCGUGUCCUUGAUAUUAAAUUGAGAGGCAUUUCUGUUAUUGUGUAAAACCAUUGUUCAUCCACUGUUAAGUUUUCAUGGAAUUAUUCGACAAUUUGUUUUUGUUAUUUCAAGUCAAAUCAGAUUUUGCUUAAAUUUAACAUUUUGAGUUGUACCGAAUCCAUCAAUUCCGUUGUAUUAUAUUUGACAGUACCUACAGUCCCACCGAUGAUGAGACCGACCUUGAGAAUUUUGGACCAUGCAUAUAUGAGAGACAUGGAACUCUGUUCCUGCCUGUAUUUUUUUCCCUGCUCUUCGUGUUCGGGGUGACCAGCAAUGGCCUCGUCAUGUGGGUCAUCCUGAUGUCUGUGAAGCUGCUGAGCAUCACUGACAUCUGCCUCCUGAACCUGGCCGUGGCGGAUCUUCUGCUGCUCAUCACCCUUCCCUUCCUGGCCCAUUACUCAAGAGCGGACUGGGUCUUUGGGUCUGGCAUGUGCAAAGUCGUCAUGGGCAGCUACUACAUCGGCUUCAACAGCAGCAUCUUUUUCGUCGUGAUCAUGAGCAUCGACCGGUACCUGGCUGUAGUUCAUGCUGUGAAGUCCCUCAGAACCAUGUCACACAAAUAUCGAGUCAUCAUGAUCAUCAUAACCUGGGUUAUAGGACUUUUGGCUUCAUUUCCUGAAUUAACGCUCAUUGACAUUUCUCAACAAGAUAACACAAGUUUGUGUCAAGUAAGUUAUAAGAGUGAACCAUUCCUGAGAGUAUUUAGCCUGUUUAAGAUGAAUGUUACCAGCCUCCUGAUUCCAUUUUUCAUCAUGGUCUUUUGCUACUCGAUGAUCCUCAGGAGAAUACUCCUCUGCAAGUCAACAAACAGGAAGACCGUCCGCCUCGUGCUGUUGGUGGUUCUGGUGUUUUUCUGCUGCUGGACCCCAUACAAUGUUGCAUCAUUCUUCCAGGCAUUAGAAGUGCUCGACAUCUACACGUCAUGUAAAUCCAGCAGAGCCAUUCAGUUGAGCCUGCAGGUGACGGAGGCUGUAGCCUACUCCCACACCUGCUUAAACCCCAUCAUUUACGUCUUUGUGGGGGAGAAGUUCAGGAGGCAGCUGUUUAAACUUAUGAACAGGAUGCCCUGCAUGAAAAAUAAAUUCUUGAUUUCCACUACCGCAUCACAGCGGUUCCAGAGAAGCAGAGUUGAACGAUCCAGUAUAAUUACGAAUGUCACUUCUUUUUAAACAUCAUACCCAAGCAAUAUCAUAGAAAUAUUUUUUUUCAAGUAUUCAAUUUGGUCUAUAACGAAAUACUAGAUUGAACUUUUUUUUUAUUACCUCUGCAAAAAUCUUAUGUAUAUCCAUGAAAUUGUUCUUUAAUAAAUAAAACA